AUGAACUCCCGAGCCUACGAAGCGAGGAUAGAGAACCACGAGGAAAUGGAUAAGGAACUCAAUGAAGCAUUCAGACAUCGCUUCUACGUCAGAAACAAAAACAUUCCCUUGACUCCAGAAGGCAUGGACGCCUUGGAGUUCUCAAUUCAGGAGCACAUGGCAAAGUUCAAGGUGGAAUUCGAGAGCAACGAUGAAAAACUCCACAUUACGCUGCCCAAAGGUGAAGACGAGAUAGCUUGUAUAGGGCACUUUCUUGUUAGCCGGGAACUUCGAGCGGCUUUGGAUCUCACGAAGAUUUCCACAUACUUCCUUAUUGAUACAGCCAGGUGCUAUGAGAGUCACAUUCAAGACAUGAAAGUGAUCUUAUUGAAGACUCAGAAUAGGCAAAAGAAACAUGGGGGCUUGGAAGCCAACAUCAAACAACAGCAAAGGAUGCUAUCCAUUUUCGAGGCAGAAUUAAAAUCGCACCUUGAAAGUUGA